AACUCAUCUCCAGAGGACAUCACUGUCAACUACCCCACCUUGGCCUUCCGAGCAGCACCUCCUCUGCCCUGUUCUUCAGCCAGCUCACCAGGGUCCUAUGAAUCUAUGGGAAUGUUUCAACUCUGGAGCAAUGAGAUGCCAGCACGCUCUCACACAACCAUGGCGUUUGGACGACCCAAAAUGCCAUAUCACGAGCAAAUGGUGGCUAGCAAUAGUGGUGCCUCACCCCACGAACUGCCGCUGACACCACCAGCUGAGGCCAUCUACUCACUGGAGUGGUCACCUGUCAAGAUGUUGGCACCCACAGUGCAUCCCUCAUAUGCUUUCCCGGAAGCCCAGGACUCCUCCAGUUUUCUGCAAAGCCCGUGGCCUUUGGGUACAGCUGUCCCUCCAGGCCCCUCCUGCACUGAGGAUGCCCCGUGGUGGACCCUGCAGCAGCCAAGCAAUUUCUCUCUUGGACAUUCAUUAGUCCUCAGUCCCCAGCCUCCCCUCGCACCCUUCCUGCAGAGCCCUCCCAAAGGGCUGUUGAGUACAGCUCGCCGCUGUCGUCGCUGCAAAUGCCCCAAUUGCCAGGGAGCCAGCAAGUCCCAUGAGGAGCCAGGGAGGAAGAAGCAGCAUGUCUGCCAUCUGCCAGGGUGUGGCAAGGUUUAUGGCAAAACCUCUCACUUGAAGGCCCACCUCCGCUGGCAUGCAGGCGAGCGCCCCUUCAUUUGCUCCUGGCUGUACUGUGGGAAGAGCUUCACUCGCUCAGAUGAGCUGCAAAGGCACCUUCGGACACACACAGGGGAGAAGCGCUUUGGCUGCCAGCUGUGCCCCAAGAGAUUUAUGCGGAGUGACCACCUAGCAAAGCAUGUCAAGACCCACCAGGGAAAGCGGGUGCGGAAUGUGGCUGUUGUGACAGCAGCAGCAGUGGGCAUUAAGCGAAAGUGA